AUGGUUAUCUCUGAAUCAAAGUGGACAAAUCAAGGGACGAUAUUGCGCUUGGUUUCUUUUUCUCUCUCUUGCGCUCAAGAUAAAGAUAAGCUCAAACAUGAACCUCAUGGAGUGGAAAAAAUUCUUCAGAGAGAUAAUAAGAUGUCUAGAGAUGAGAAUAAGGCUCUUAAAAAGGAAAACAAGUCCCUCUGGGGUGAAAACAAAGCUUUCCGACAAGAAAACAAAGUCUUCCGAAUGGACAACCAGUUAAUUCGGGAAAAGAACCACAUCCUGAGACAGCACAAUCAGGUCCUCUGGAAGUGUAAAAAUGUGAUUUCUGAGAGCCAAAAAUUAUCUGGGGAAAAAAGUCGUGCUUUAAACACAGAAGAAAAGUCUUAUUGGCAAAGAAACUAAGCCCUUGAGGCCCAGAUCAAGGCUUUCAAAGAGCAGGAGAAAGCCUUCCAGAAUGAGGCAAAAGCUCUUCAAGAAGAAAUCAGAUCUCUCCAGGAGGAAAUCAGGGCCCUGCAACAUCAGGAGAAAGCACUCAGAUUGGAGGAGCAGGCCCUGAUGAAGGAGGGAAUAGCACUGGAGUUGGAAGAACUGGCUCUGUGGAAAGAGGAGCAGGCCCUUCGGGAGGAGAACAAGGCCCUCAGAGAAGAAAACAGUGCUCUUCCAGAAGAAAAACCCCUUCAGGAGGAGGCAAAAGUCCUUGAGGAGUGGAAUAAAAUCCUUCAGGAAAAGACAGCAAACAUGCUUGCUGAGAAAAUGCACAAUAAUGAAAUAGAGCAGGAGACGUGUGACUUGAAGAUAUAA